ACUGUACUAGAACAUGUUGUGGAGCAAGAAAGACACAGACUCGGGCAACAGCUCAUCCGCCACCUCCGUCAGUGAUUUUGGUGAGCCUGUUCACACCCCAUUUGAGGCCCCCAGCAGCGAGUCCAAGGUGCCAAAAGAAGCAUCGUUAGACAAAUCCCAGCAAGAGAAAUACAGCGAAGUGCUCAAGUUCUUCUCGGACCCCGAAUUGAAGGUUCCCGUGAGUGAGGCCAACCAGAAGGACAAAGAUACCUCGAAAUACCAGCCAUUAACCGAAGACGAAAAGUCCUGGUUGACCAGAGAGUGUUUCUUGAGAUACCUUAGAGCCACCAAGUGGGUCACCAAGGAUGCUAUCGACAGAGUGACGCUCACCUUGGCAUGGAGAAGAGAAUUUGGUAUCAGCCACCUGUUCGAAAAGGACAACAAGGUCAACGGUGAAUCGACUUCAGUCGAAGGUGAAACUGGUAAGGAGGUUGUUUUGGGUUAUGACAACGACUCCAGACCAUGCUUGUACCUCAAGCCUGGUGCCCAGAACACCAAGGCUUCCCAAAACCAGGUGAACCACUUGGUUUACAUGUUGGAGUCCGUGAUCAAUUUUAUGCCUUCCGGACAGGAUUCGCUUGCGUUAUUGAUCGACUUCCAGCCACGUAAAGAAGGAACAGAAAAGGGCAAGAUCCCUUCGCUCUCCAUUGCCAGACAAGUGUUGCACAUCUUGCAGACCCACUACCCCGAAAGAUUGGGUAGAGCCUUGUUGACCAAUAUUCCGUGGUUGGGAUGGACUUUCUUGAAGAUGAUCCACCCAUUCAUUGAUCCAUUAACUAGAGAAAAAAUUAUUUAUGAUGUUCCAUUCACCAAUCAUGUUCCAAAACAGCAAUUAGACAAGGACUUCGGAGGCACUGUCAACUUCGAGUACAACCACUCCAAGUACUUGCCAGAAUUGAUUGCAAUGAGUCAAGGAAAGAAGGAGAAGUAUAUGGAGAGAUUUGUCAAGUUCGGGUCUAAGGUAGGCUUGUCUGAAGUGGACUUGAGAGGAGAGGGCGAGGAGCUUCGCUACCCAUUAUAAUUAACUACAUAUGUAUAGAACCUUAGUAAUAGAUAUUUAAUUGAAAGAGUGACAA